AUGGCUGCUUCUAAGGAGCGGGCUCUUUGGCUCAUGUUCGGUGUCAACAGUGUCCUUACAGGAACCCAAAUCUUUUGCGGCGUCCUUGCGAACUCCUUGUCUCUGCUUGGGGACGGCGCUCUCAUGGCGAUGGACGGAGUGUCCUAUGCCGUGAGCCUCUACGCGGAGAGGCGGAAGGCUUCAGCACAGGAUGCAAAGCGUCUGGACCGUGCGGCCGCCUUCUUCAGCGCAACGAUGCUGGCCGCCACAACGGCCUGGGUACUCUUCGACGUGGUCGAGCGCCUGACUGGCGAGGAGCGCGAAUCUGCGCUUCAUUCGCAGCUCGUCAAUGGCAUGGAUACGCUGCACGACAUCGAGGUCAACAGCGACAUCAUGAUCGGCUUUACCAGCCUCAACUUAGCUGCCGAUGUUGCAGUUGUGCUUUGCACUUGGAGCUGUGGCGCUUCCAAGCUCUUGGAGGACGAAGAGGCGUCUAACCUCAAUCUCUUUGGAGCACUGGCACACCUCGGCGCGGAUGUGGUCCGUGGCUUGGCAGUGUUGUUGGCAGGAAUCUUGGCUGAGGUUGGCCUUGUGCAGGCUGCCAAGGCAGACGCCUACUGCUCCCUCUUCGUCUGCAUUUUCGUGCUUGCCGCGACAGCCUCGCCUCCUGCCCGGGAAGCUCUGCAGGACCUGUAUGCCUUGGUUCAGCUUUCUUUGUGCUCGGGCCCGGGCGUGGCUGACUUGCGGAGAGCCUGGAGAGGCCCGCCCGCGUGGUUGAGACAGGCCAUUCUGAAUGCCCGUGACAAUGUGCUGUGCAGAACAGAAGGCGGCCCGUCCAGACCAGGUCACGCGGCGUCGCCUCUCUUGCCCGAAGUCAAGGCAAGUGGGCGGCUGGCAAGCAAGGGCAGCAGCGAUGGCAACUGUCUAGAGCUUGAUGAUGGCGCGUUGAUGCGCAAAGUCCGUGUGGGCUCCAAGGAACCCGAACUGAAGCUGGGUCUUUUCUGUGGUAGGAUGGAGAUCCCCGAGGAUCACUCGCCGCGUAGUGCGGGCAGUGGGGCCCACAGCCCGCCCCUGCUGGAGCCCGUGAAUGAGAUCUCGCGCGGUCUCUCGCUGCCGUUGCUGGCGGCGCGUGCAAAGAGUGCACUGGAGCCCCUGGAGCCUCUCAGCUGUUGCAGCGGCCUCAUCAUCACUCUGAAGUAUUUCAAAGAGAGCAUUGUGAACAUGUUCGUCUUCAGGAACUGGGAUGAGGAGCGUGACAAGUUUGAACACAUUGUGAACUUCCUUGUCUCCGUGCCUCUCUUCAAGAAGCAGCUUCCCCCCUGUGAGUUGCCCAAGGUGGCCCAGCUUCUUGAAGAGAAGACAUGGCCCCGCGGGUCGACGCUAGUUGCCCAAGGGGACAUCGGCGACACCUUCUUCAUGAUCUACGAAGGGCAAGCAGCCUUGACAAUGAAGGAUGACCAGGGCCAGGAGUUGGAGGUGGGGGUCCUUAGCGCCGGAGACUACAUCGGAGGGCGAGCCAUCGUGACGGAGCAGCGACACAUGGCGACAGUCGUGGCCCUCGGGGAGCUGGUGACAUUAUCCAUGUCCAAGCAGGCGUUCGAGCAAGCUGGGCUCAAGGCUCGACUGCACUUUCCAAAGCGCCCGGCCAUCGAAGUCGGAGGUGGCAGCCAGGCAAACCUGCCCCCCACCACGCCGCUGUCGCCCAAGAAGCGAUCGUCCUUCUGCAUGAAGAAACUGGAUGAGAGCCAGCAAACGGCGAUCAUAAAGGCCAUGCGGCACAAUCCGAACUUCCGGGCUUUUGUCGAUGGCACCAAUAGCCCCAGCGAGCAGUCCAUCCGCGACAUCGUCUCGAGUUCGGAGAUGCGGACUUUGAAAGCGGGGGAAGCAGCUGCCACCUUCGGGGAUCUCGGUCAUGAGUUCUUCGUCAUCGAGGAAGGCAGCAUCGAGGUCAUCAUCAGCACCGGUGUGCUUGCGAGCCAGAAGCAGCAGGGUCAAGGGAAGUCAGCAGCAGCUGCGGCUGCCACAUUCUCCAUGGCUGAUCGCAUCCGAAGGAAGCAGGACUUUCUGAUGAAGUUGCACAUUCCUGUAGUGGACCGGAAUUCCAAGAGGGCAAAGUUCAAUCGCAGCUGCUCCGUCCUCACGAAGGAUCCCCGGGAGGAAGAGUUGGAGAUUACAGGCUCCGGCUCACUUGGGGUCAGCUCGGUGAACACGACCUUCGCCGCUGCCUCCUUCCGCGGCAAGCAGCAGCGGAAAUUGAAAACAGGCAGCCGGGCAGAGGAAGUGGAGGACAAGCCGAAGGAGAAGGUCAUAAGCACGCUGCAUGCUGGAGACAGCUUCGGCGAGCUCUCGCUGCUUUACAACAUCCGCCGGGAGGCGACCUUCCGAGCGGCUGAGGACACAAAGCUCUUCGUGAUCAACCGAAAGAUCUUCAAAGAGAUCUCAGGUCGCGACAGUGGCCGCAAGAAGUUCAAGGAGUACUGUGACCUCUUAGACGAGGUGGACUCCUUGACGCCUUUGCUGAGGUCGGAAAGGAUGGAACUGGCGGCAUUUGCACAAGACAUGGUGGCCUUCGAUCCGAAUCAACGGGUCUUGUUCCAAGGCAAAGUUCGUCAGAAGCCCAUGUGGUAUGUCAUCUUCAAAGGGACUGCUGUCCUCUCGCAGAGCGAUGGCAAUGAGAGUCGGAAGAUCGCAGAGCUGCCUCGAGGCAACACCUUCGGGGAGCGGUCGCUUCUCCGGGCCAAAGUCACCGGCCAAUGCAUCUCUGAGGUCAGCGUGGAUGCAGGGCCGGAGGGUUUGACCUGCCUGACCUUUGAUGGCGAGCUCAUCUGCGACAUCUUCACAAGCUUGUCUACAAGCGAUGCAUCCAUGCUCCCAGACGUGAACACAGAUGUAUGUGAAUGGGAGAAGAUCAAAACCUGUCGCAGCCGUCAGAAACUGGAAUGCAGCUGCAGCCUUCACUCCGUCAAAGAAGUUUGCCGCUUGGGCCAGGGUGCCUUUGGUACUGUUUUCUUGGUGGAGGACGAGCCAUCGCAAGAGCGCUAUGCGCUGAAGCGGGUGUCGAAGGGUCAUGCUUUGAGAACCGGAACCAGCCAGUCUUUGUGCUGGGAACGGGACCUCCUGAACAUGCUCGACAGCAAUUUCAUUGUGCGGCUCCACAAGACGAUGCGGGACCACCAGUUCGUUUACUUCCUCUUGGAGGCGGCUCUUGGAGGCGAUCUCUAUGGGCUCUUCAGCAGCCAUCAGGACAUUUUUCUUGCUGAUCAGCCUCGUGGCUUCACCUCUGCCUUUUACGCGGGGUGUGUGAUUGCGGCACUCGAACAUCUACACGAGCGGAAAAUCAUCUAUAGGGACCUCAAACCAGAGAACAUCAUGCUGGACACGCGGGGCUAUGGAAAGGUCUGUGACAUGGGCCUGGCUCGCUUCGUGGUUGGCAAAACCAACACGCAGGCUGGGACCCCCGACUACAUGGCACCAGAGAUGAUCGACCCGCCGCACUACCACGACAACUCUGCGGAUUGGUGGUCUCUGGGCGUGCUGAUGUACGAGAUGCUUUGCCAGCAGCUGCCUUUUGACGAUGAGGAGCUGGAAGACACCGGAGAAAGGCUGCUGGCCAUACGCCGCAGCCAAGAGAACAGACUCAACUUCCCGGCAGAGUGCCCGCCUGAGGGCAAGGCUUUUAUUGCCAAAUUAUUGCGGAAACUUCCGCUGCGACUAGGAGCUCAGGGUGGCGCUGAAGAAGUGCGCGGGCACUAUUUCUUCAAAGAUUUCGAUUUCACGGCCCUGGAGAAGCAGACGCUGCAGAGUCCUGUUGAGAGGCCAUGGAAGGGCUCAAAAACAACUGAGCCUGAGGUUGCUUCCCCGUGGAUUCGGGGCCCAGAGCACCUGGCACCCGGGGAGGACGAGAUCUUUGAGAGCUACGAGGACGACGGCAGCCAGUGGGACCAGGAGUUUUAG